AUGGACACAGAACUAAAGGUCAAAGACGAGAUAGAAAGGCUGCUCAAGGCAGGAUUCAUCAGGCUAGCCAUCUAUGCCGAUUGGCUAGCAAAUAUUGUACCUGUUCUCAAAAGAAAAACAGGGGCAGUCAGAAUCUGCGUGGAUUACAGAAAUCUGAAUGAGGCAUCUCCUAAAGACGAAUAUCCUAUGCCAAUGGCAGACAUGCUAGUGGAUGGAGCUGCCCAUAACCAGAUGCUAUCUUUCAUGGACGGCAAUGCAGGUUAUAACCAGAUUAUGAUGGCAGAACAGGAUGUCCACAAGACAACCUUUAUGUGUCCAGGACAUAUAGGUGCUUUCGAAUAUACUGCACUACAUGCUGCCACACACUAUCUACAUCAUUGCCAAGACAGACUUAAUCAAAUACAUGCUAACAAGACCAAUGCUGAGGGGCAGAAUUGGGAAAUGGAUUUUGGCUUUGACAGAAUUCACCUUCAGACAGAUAAAGCUUCAGGAGCAGAGAUUGUUCUGGAAGAACCAUUAGGGGUCAGACAUUGCUAUUCCUUCCAGUUAGAUUUCCAGUGCACCAACAACAGGGCCGAGUAUGAAGCUUUGAUUAUAGGGCUCGAGAUGUUGGUAGAAUUAGGAAUCCAAUCCGUGGAGAUCUUGGGAGAUUCCAUGCUUGUCCUAAAACAGAUUGCUGGAGAAUACAAGUGUCUAAAUCCUUCUCUGGCUGUAUAUCUAGUAGCAGCUAGAAAUCUGUUGACAGAAUUCAAAGAAGCUACUUGGGAGCACAUCCCAAGGGAGGAAAACUUUACAGCCAAUGAACUGGCUCAGGUGGCAUCAGGCGUACAAAUGCCCGAAGACUGCGUCCAAAGGAUCAUCAAGAUAGGAAGGAAAAGUCUACCAUCUGUUUUGACUAGAGGAAUGGAGAUAGAAGUCAAUUCUGCCUUGAUCACUGAAGAUGAUUGGAGGGAGCCUAUCAUGACUUACUUACGAUAUCCCACUCUGCCCUCUAAGAAAAGAGUCAGGAUCAUGGCUACAAGCUACCUCAUGUGGAAUGAAGAUUUGGUCCGAAAAAGUAAGGAUGAGGUACUGUUAAGGUGCCUCGGGAAGACAGAAUACAUGAAAGUCAUGGGAGAAACCCAUGAGGGGAUCUGUGGAGCUCACCAAGGGGGAAGAAAGAUGUGCUGGUUAAUCAGAAGGUAUGGCUACUUCUGGCAAACCAUGAUGAAGGAUUGCAUCAACUAUUCCAAAGGAUGUGAGGCCUAUCAAAGGCAUGGCCCAAUCCAACAGGCCCCUUCGGUUCCCAUGAAUCCAGUAGUAAAACCAUGGCCUUUCAGGGGAUGGGCAAUGGAUCUCAUUGGCAAAAUCUAUCCAGCCAGCAACCAGCAGCACUGUUUCAUUAUCGUUGCCACAGAUUAUUUCACCAAAUGGGUAGAAGCCAAGCCAGUAAAAACCACAACAUCCCAAGAGAUCAUCACUUUUAUAGAAGAACAGAUCAUACAAAGAACUUCAAAGAGAGAAGCAACCGGCAUGACCCCCUAUGCUCUAACCUACGGCCAUGAUGCAAUUCUUCCCAUGGAGAUAGCAGUCCAGUCUCUUAGAGUUGCUCACCAACACGGUCUCACUGGCGAGGAUUACUCUCAAGCCAUGUUGCUGGAAUUGGAAGAAUUGGAUGCAAGCAGAAUUGACACUCUCAACAAACUCUUAGCAGGAAAACAGGCUGUGUCAAGGGCCUACAACAAAAGAGUCAGAAACAAGAGUUUUGAAGAGGGAGAGAUAGUCUGGAAGGCAAUUCUGCUCCUUGGAGCACACAUAGCGGGAUAUGGGAAAUGGUCACCUACAUGGGAAGGCCCUUUUAUAAUUAACCAAAUCCUCGGAAUGGGGGCAUACAGGUUGCAGGACUGA